AUGUACCACCCCGAGAACGAGAGGAUGGUGCUGGAAGUUUGCAAAGAGCUCAAGAACCAAGGCUGGAAGGCGGCAUAUACUCGCAUCGCUGUCAACAUGCGCAAAGACAAUAUCGGCAACAUCAAAGGUCGAACUCUGCUGCAGGUCUAUCCCAACGAGGCCUACGACACGCAAGCCGUUCUUGACUCGGCUCGUGCGUAUGCCAAAGAGUUCGAACGCGUUGGUAUUUCUCAGUUCAGAUACUGCAUCAAGAUCCCCUCCACUGGUCCAGCACUCAACGCAUGUCCGACAUUGGAGAAGGAAGGUAUUGCUACUCCCGGUACUGCUCUGUUUGGUCUCUCUCAACCUAUCGCUUGUAGUCAAGCUGGUUGCUUGUACAUCAGCCCCUACUUCAACGAGGUCAAGGCCCAUGACGACCUGAAGCUGUGGCCGAAUGUCGAAGACCCUGCUACCCAGCACACCAUGUCUGCUCGUACCCUGCAGAUCCUCGAAACAUACGCACGUCUGUACAAGGAGACGGGCAAAGACCAGCCUCUGCUCAAGCAAGCUAGCUUCAUCACAGCAAAGGAAGCCAUGGCUGCAGGAGAGCAUGGUUGCCACAGUGCUACCAUUUCUCCCCAAGUCUUGGAUGAAUUGUCCAAGCUUACCUACGAUGGAUCCAAGCAGCCUGGUGAAGGGAGGCCCAAGCCUUCGAAUGCAUACGCUGGCUACAAGACACCCGCGCGUCUUGCCGAAGUGUCCAAGGUGGACCCUCUUGCUGCAGCUGAGAUCGAUGCAAAGAUUGCAUGUACCGAUAUUAACUACCUCGCCAAUGACGGUGAAGAGUUGCAGAAAGCCAUCAAAGCCGAUCCAGUAACAUCUCAGAGACUCGAUGACGCUCUCAAGCUCUUCACCAGCGGAUUGUUGGAGAGCAAGGCCAAGAUCGAGGAGUGGUUCGAGCAAGUAUAGGUCGUCUGGGAACCAGGGUCGUAACCAUUUCCUGCCUUACGUAGUAUUCUCGAUAUACAAGAUAGACC